AUGCAGAAAUCAGUUGUCUAUUUCAGUAAAGGAUUUCAAGGUCACAGAAGGACUGAAGUUGCUACUAUACUGGGAGUGAAGCAGAUGGAGAGUACUGAGAAUACUGAUAAAUACUUGGGACAUCAGCUGGUUAAACCAUCCCACUUAAAUUCUUCUUUUGACUUCCUUGAAGACAAGUUUGAGACAAAAACAACUGGAUGGAAGAGAGUUCAUCUGUCACAUGCAGGGAGAACCAUGCUGAUUAAAACUGAACAUGGUCUUAUUCCACCGUUUUAUAUGGCUACAUAUAUUAUUCCAAAGAAAACUAUAGCACACUUGACAAGAAUAACGAGAAAUUUCUGGUGGGGUCAUGACAAGGAGGUCAAGAAAAUGCACUACAUAAGUUGGGAGCAAUUUGAGCUUGAAAAAGAACAAGGAGGUUUGGGGAUUAGACAACUCAGAGAUCUGAAUAAGGCAAUGAUAGCAAAGAUGGUUUGGAAAUUCUUAAAUGAUGAGGAUUUUUUUGGGGGGAAGAUUAUGAAAGCAAAUUACCUGAAAAAUGGUAAUCUCUGGGAGGCUAUAUGGAAAGUAAGAAAUGUUGUGGUUUUCAACAAAGAAAGAUGUUACAUAAACUCUGUCAUCAAAGAAACAAUGUAUUGGUAUAACAUGGAGGUUACUGUUGAUGAGACUGAGACCAUGUCAACUGAGAAUGAUUAUUUGGAGUCUAUUAAUGACAUUUGGGAACCCCCUGAUGAGAAUAGAAUCAAAAUUAAUUUUGAUGGUGCUGCUGGGCCUAAGGGUUAUGCAUGUGGAGCUGUCGCGAGAGAUAAUGUUGCUGCAUUUCAGGGCAGCAUGAAUAGAUACUUCACUUACUGCACGGCUAUUGAGGCUGAGGCGUACGAGGCUUUGCUAGCAGUGGAAUUGGCGGAAAGAAAGGCUUUCAGAAAUAUUGUGAUUGAAUGA